AUGCGGGUUUUAAGUUUGAAUGUGAAUCACUGCCAUGCCGCUUUCCUCACAAAGAACUACUUAAACCCCGAUCCCUCCCACCUUCAAUCUUCUCUUCUAUUCAUCAACACAUCAAUCCAAUACUCACUCACAAACACAAACACUUUCAAACAACCCAACCCCAAACAACCAACCACUAUCACAAUGGAGUCCCUCAAGCAAGCUGGCAACUACGUCGCUGAGACCGUUCAGCAGGCUACCUCUGGUGCUUCCAAGGAGGCCAACAAGGAGGUUGCCAAGGAUAGCAACGUCGCCGCCGGUACCCGUGUCACCGCUGCCAAGGAUGCCCUGUCCGACAAGUUCGAGGAGAAGUCCCACGAGGGCAAGGCCGAGGUUCACAAGGAGGCUGCUAAGCAGUAA